CGCAACAGCCUCCCACCCACCCCCACCCACACAGCAACCACGAGCUCCCUCAAGUCCGCGCUCUCCAAGAUGUUCACGCCCCGCCUCAUCGCCAAGAAGUUCGUCGCCCGCGAGCAGGGCGAAGGCGCCGGCGCGCGCGUGCACCGCUCCAUCGGCACCACGCGCCUGCGCAACCUGGACCCGUUCCUCAUGCUGGACGAGUUCAACGUGGGGCUGCCCGGCGGCUUCCCGGACCACCCGCACCGCGGCUUCGAGACCGUCACGUACGUGCUGCCCACGUCCAAGGGCCACAUGUGCCACGAGGACUUUCUGGGCAACAAGGGCGAGCUGCGGCCCGGCGACCUGCAGUGGAUGACCCCCGGCAAGGGCAUCAUGCACGCCGAGAUGCCCAAGAGCGAGGUGCCCGCGCACGGCCUGCAGCUCUGGAUCAACCUGCCGCGCAGCCGCCGCAUGAUCGAGCCCCGGUACCAGGAGAUCAGCCGCGACACGGUGCCGCACGCCUUCAACGAGGACAAGAGCAUCGAGGCCAUCGUGUUCGCCGGCGAAGUCUUCGGCAAGCGCGGCCCCAUCGAGACCGAGGCGCCCGUGACCUACGUGCACUUCAUGCUCGACAAGGGCGCCAAGCUCGAGUACCCCAUUCCGGAGACCCACCACGUCUUCGUGUACGCGGUCUCGGGCACGGGCAAGUGCGUGGACCACUCGAUCGAGCCGCACGAGGCCAUCGUGAUGGAGAUGAAGGGCGACGGCGUGCUGCUGCAGGCGGACGAGAACGACAAGCUCGAGGUCAUCGUCAUGACCGGCGAGCCGCUGGAGGAGCCCGUCGUGCAGUACGGCCCCUUCGUCAUGAGCACGGGCGACGAGAUCCGCCAGACGUGGGAGGACUUCCAGAUGGCCAAGAACGGCUUCGAGAACGCGCACUCGUGGGCCUCGGAGAUCGGCAACCGCCGUCGUUAGAAGCAACGGCGUCGGGCGCUGGAGAGAGUGCGCCGAGUCGUAAGAACAUGAUCUUGAAAUGCCCACAAACCGCAGGCGAUAUAUAUUAUGCAUACGUAGUAGGACUACGAAAUGAAUGAUUCUUUUUUUC